UGGCACCUGGUCAUAUGGACAGUUUAAGUCCAAACCAAUUUCCUCGCGUGAAGGGAUUGCAGUCUGACUGGAUAUACAAAGCAAACGGUUUAAACUAUUUGUCACUUUCUCUUUGAAUUUGGUUUAUCUUAAUAUGGGAGUUGGGACUUUUCGAAUUAGCUUGGGCAGUUGAGGACCGGUUGCUUAGGGAUUCCGCAUUCAAGUGUGUUUGCAGUUGGAUAUCGGUUGCACUUCUGUAAACACCGUGGAAUACUUUGGGGAGAACUUCCGCUCUUUAAAUAGACAAUAGCCUACUAAUUAUACGCCAAACUUUCCACUCGGCCAGCUUCUCGGAAAACUCCUGAAGUAUCAGGACACGCGACGUAAAAAUGAACCAGACAGCAGGAGCAACAAAUACUUAUCGAAGAUGUUCUAAAGGGGGAAAGGAGCUGGUGGGGAGCAACCCUCCGCAGAGGAACUGGAAGGGAAUAGCGAUUGCUCUGCUUGUCAUUCUGGUCAUCUGCUCGCUCAUCGUCACCUCCGUCAUCCUGCUGACGCCAGGUGAAGAUGACAACCUGGCCCUGAAAGGGAAAGUGACGGUCGGGGAUAUCUUCAGCAAGGAUUUCAAGGUUCAUGACCCGGAUGCUAAGUGGAUAAGCAGUAAUGAGCUGUUGUACCGGUCUCGUGAAGGGGACGUGGAGAAGUUCAACAUAGAGACUGGAGAGAAGACCGUCUUGGUGCAGAACAAGAAGUUUGAGAUGUACAAGGCCAGCAGGUACGAGGUGUCCCCAGACCUGAAGCAUGUGUUGCUGGCCUACACCGUCACCCCGGUGUACCAGUUCUCGUUCACAGCCUUCUACAUCAUCUGCAGCCUGGAGACGCCGGAGACAUGGAACCUGAACCCCCCAGAGGUGCGUAACGCUCAGCUGCAGUACGCAGGCUGGGGCCCCAGCGGACAGCAGCUGGUUUUUGUGUUUGAGAACAACAUCUACUACCGAUCCACUGUGGAGAGCAGAUCGAUUCGUCUGGUCUCCUCUGGAAAGGAGGGGGUGAUCUUCAACGGACUCAGCGAUUGGCUGUACGAGGAGGAGAUCUUCCAGACCCACAUCGCCCACUGGUGGUCCCCAGAUGGAGCCAGGCUAGCGUACGCCACCAUCAACAACACCAUGGUUCCCAGGAUGGAGGUCCCCAUGUUCACCGGCACCCUCUACCCCACAGGGAAAGAAUACCACUACCCUAAGGCAGGAGAAGAGAACCCAGUCAUCUCUCUGUAUGUGGUCAACCUCAACGGUCCUCUACACACUAUUGAGAUGAGAAGACCUGAGGACCCCAGGAUAGGAGAGUAUUAUGUCACCAUGGUGAAGUGGGCCACCACCACCAAGCUGGCAGUCAACUGGCUGAACCGCGCCCAGAACAUCUCCAUGCUCACGCUGUGUGAGGCCACCACAGGAGUCUGCACCAAGAAACAUGAAGAUGAGAGUGAAGGCUGGCUCCACAGACAGAACGAGGAGCCUCUGUUCUCUAAGGAUGGCCUGAAGCUGUUCUUCACCAGGGCCAUCCCUCAGGGAGGCCGGGGGAAGUUCUUCCACAUCUCCAUGUCCAUCUCCCAGCCCAACACCAGUACAGACACUCUGCAGUCCAUCACGUCUGGAGACUGGGACGUCACCCAGGUCCUGGCCUACAACGAGGACAGCCAGCUGAUAUACUUCCUGAGCACAGAGGACGAUCCUAAGAGAAGACACCUGUACAGUGCGGACACAGUUGGUCCCUUCAACCGCCGCUGUCUGUCAUUGGGUGUUGGGUUGGGUUCCAGGGUGUACGGAGGCUACGUCACCAGCCUCCUACUCAGUGCCGAGGACUCUCCUGUGAAGUGUGGAGCCGUCCUCUCCCCCAUCACCGACUUUGAGUUGUUUGCGUCUGCCUUCUCGGAGCGCUACCUCGGCAUGCCCAAGCCUGACCCCCGGGCAUACGCGAUGACUAACCUGGCCCACAGGGCCUCCCAGUUCCUCAACAAGAAGUUUCUCAUCGUCCACCCAACCGCUGAUGAGAAAGUCCAUUUCCAGCAUACAGCAAAAUUAAUCUCCCAGCUCAUCAAUGAGAAGGCCAACUACACUCUGCAGAUCUACCCAGACGAGGGCCACUUCCUGCACAGCGAGGCCACGCGGCAGCACCUCAGCCAGUCUCUGGUGAACUUCUUUGAGGAGUGCUUCAGGCUCCCAGACAGGGGCUUUGAGGAGAGGCUGGAGGAGGAGAGCGAGGAGGAGGGUUAGCCCGCCUGGUCCCCCCCCCCCCCCCUCGUACAACCUCAACCCCCCCCCCCCCCCCCCCAAGCUUCACACCUCCCACACCCGCCACAAGCACAACGCCCCCACCCUAUCACACACGAUACGCAGCCUCCUCUCUGGUUCCGCCCCCGAGUUGUCGUUUUUCUUUCGUUCACUUCCCCCCCCCCCUCCCUCCUCCUCCUGGAGUUGAUCCUUCGUGUCAGAACGAUGAACCUGAGAACCUUCUGCAGGGGACCGCUCGUUUCAUCCCUCGUUUCACCCCUCCUCCUCCUCACCCUCUCCACCUCUCCCGUCUGUGGAGAUGACAUCCCAGCCAGUCGGCAUGAGAAGAGCCCAUCGACCAAUGACCUCCAGCUGAUGUCGUGACAGGAAAUGUAACCAUGGAGACGAGGCUGUUUGGAUGGAGGGCGGUCUUCAGUUCAGCCGGUCCGUCUGUGAUGGACGAGCUGCUUGGAUUCCCAGCCACAGCUGAGAGGAAACUGCACAUGAAGAACUUGGAAGUUGCUCUGUGAGGAUGAGGACAAACUUUAUAGCACAAACUUUGGAGUGGGACGUCCUCACGUUCCGACUCUGCGUGGUGUGUGAGGAAGGCAGCUCGUGCCUGCGUUCUGGAUGAGGGGAGCAGCAAUGUUACUAUUUUUUAAUAUAGUAUAAAAAAAAGAA